UAAAUCCGCCUCAGACCAUAGUCGGUCCUGACUGUGCGGCUGUCGGUGCAGGCAGAGGCAUCAUGCUCCGGGCGACGCUUUUCCAGGCUCUUCCCAGACUCGGUCGGGUGUCGGUGUGUCGGUUCUCCGCCGCCGCCAUCCCGGCCCCCAGCACCCAGCCCGAGGUCCACUACAACAAGCUGUUCAUAAACAACCAGUGGCAGGAUGCAGUGAGUGGUAAAACCUUUCCCACCAUCAACCCAGCGACUGGUGAGGUCAUCUGUCAAGUGUCCGAGGCUGAUCAGACAGACGUAGACAAGGCAGUGAAAGCAGCACGUGACGCCUUCAAGUUGGGGUCACCAUGGCGACGGAUGGACGCUUCUCAUCGCGGCCUGCUGCUCAACCGAUUGGCUGAUGCAAUUGAGAGAGACUCCGCCUACCUUGCUGAGCUUGAAACCCUGGACAAUGGGAAGCCCUACGCAGUGGCCUACAUGGUGGAUCUGCCCAAUGUGGUCAAAUGUCUCAGGUACUACGCUGGGUGGGCCGACAAAUGGGAGGGAAAGACCAUCCCCAUUGAUGGAGACUUUUUCUGCUACACCAGACAUGAGCCAGUUGGAGUGUGUGGACAGAUCAUACCGUGGAACUUCCCUCUGCUGAUGCAGGCCUGGAAGCUGGGACCUGCCCUCGCCACCGGUAACACUGUGGUGAUGAAGGUGGCGGAGCAGACGCCGCUCACAGCGCUCUACGUAGCCAGCCUGAUUAAAGAGGUGGGUUUCCCUGAAGGUGUCGUGAACAUUCUGGCCGGUAUGGGACCGACGGCUGGUGCUGCCAUUGCAAAACACAUGGAUGUUGACAAGGUGGCCUUCACUGGAUCCACAGAGGUGGGCCAUCUAAUCCAGCAAGCCUCAGGCAGCAGUAACCUGAAGAAAGUCACUCUGGAGCUGGGAGGAAAGAGUCCUAAUAUUAUCAUGUCUGACGCUGAUAUGGCAGAUGCCGUGGAGCAGGCUCACUUCGCUCUGUUUUUCAACCAAGGCCAGUGCUGCUGUGCUGGCUCACGAACAUACGUCCAAGCAGACGUCUAUGAUGAGUUUGUGGAGCGGAGCGUAGAGCGUGCUAACAGACGAGUGGUGGGAAACCCCUUUGACCUGAAGACCGAACAGGGACCUCAGGUGGAUCAGGAGCAGUUCAACAAGAUUCUGGGCUACAUCAGCAGUGGAAAGAGAGAGGGAGCCAAGCUGAUGUGUGGAGGGGGAGUUGCCGCUGAUAGAGGAUAUUUCAUCCAGCCAACUGUUUUUGGAGACGUCCAGGACAACAUGACGAUUGCAAGAGAGGAGAUUUUUGGUCCUGUGAUGCAGAUCCUGAAGUUUAAAACCAUAGAGGAGGUGGUGGAGAGAGCCAAUGAUACUAAAUACGGCCUGGCAGCUGCUGUGUUUACUAAAGACAUUGAUAAGGCCAACUAUGUCUCUAAUGCGCUCCGUGCUGGAACAGUCUGGAUUAACUGUUAUGACGUGUUUGGCGCUCAGGCUCCAUUUGGGGGUUACAAGGCUUCAGGAAAUGGCAGAGAGCUGGGAGAAUACGGCCUGGAGAACUACACAGAAGUCAAAACUGUGACCAUGAGGGUACCACAGAAGAACUCUUAAAUGUGAACAGUCCCAGUCGACAAAUGAGAACCGUCCUCUAGAAAGCAGCUGAAAGGAGGCAUUAAAUCUGAGCACUUCGAUCUGAAUUAAGUAGCUGUACUGCUGGUCUAUCACAUAUUACACAGCCAUGCUUCCCGUUUAUCACUUCCCUGAUGUUAAAAUCCAAGUUUCUAAUUUGCAUUGUUUGUAAAAAAAUAAAUAAAUAAAAAAAGCUAGCCAUCAGCAUAGCUUCACCUGAUGUAAUUAUACAAGUAUUCACAAGUAUCGAAGAUUUGAUUGUAAUCUUCUGGCUUUCUGGUUUUUCAAAAUAAAUGCAGUUUUGGCACGUG